AUUUGCUCGAGUGGGCUUCGGUUAUUUGUGAAACACUUGCAGUACAUUUUCCGGCCGUUAGAUGGACCCUGGGUCAUUUCCAUAGCAACAUAACAGUAAAACAAUGAUGGGACGGUUUUGAUGUGUAAUUUGGCAUUUUGUUCUUUUAUAAAAGUCGCGGCCUAACACAUAAACAGCCUGCCUCCCCUUUUACAAUGGAAUCUGUAUUCUUGGACAGUUCAGCCUUAAAAGCGGUGGAUGACUAUUGCGAGUACAAAAGGCUUGUUGGCGAUGACGACGGAGGCAAAAUGUUGACUCCUGAGCAAUAUGAGGAGUACAAGAGGAAAAUGAUCCCACAGCGAUUGAAAAACAGACUGUAUGUGAGCUUUGGUGUGCCAGGAGGCAUCGACUGCAAACACGUCGGUCCGGAGACACUGUGCUUCUGUGCGCAUAGAUACAAGCAACAUAAGACGGACUUUGAGGUCAUUCCUUCUGAGCGACCUUUACGCCUACCGUGCCGGGUGAGGAAAUGUCUUUGUUGUGCCUAUGAAUAUCUUCCCCACAUCGGGGCAGUACCCGCCCGCUGCCGGUGUAAACAUUUGCCUCGAGAUCACACCGAAGGCGCCGGACAUUUGUGCAGAAAAUGUGACUGUUCUGGGUUCAGGAGUCCGUACACAUGUGGAUGUGGCCAGCCCGCGUACAAUCACCAGACGCUGGUUGAGACAAAGUCCGAGAGCGAGGCACGAGGUCGCCCGGUGGGUGAAGAUGUGCCUUAUGCUGCGAUGGGCGGUCUGACCGGGUUCUGCUCCAUGCUGGAUAGUUACACAGCUUUGGAGGCCAAUGCGUUGCGUGAGUAG